AUGGCCUUCUUUAUGAGCCUUUGCUACCUUUUUUCUUUCGUCUUACUGUUCACAAAUGGCCCCACUCCCGUGGCUACAGCCCAUACUUCAAAUUGGGCUGUGCUCGUGUCAACUUCUCGUUUCUGGUUUAACUACCGUCACCUUGCCAAUGUUCUCUCACUAUAUCGAACCGUGAAGCGCUUGGGCAUCCCAGACUCUCAGAUCAUACUCAUGCUGCCUGAUGACAUGGCAUGCAACCCACGAAACGCAUUCCCUGGAACUGUCUACAAUAACGCUGAUCGUGCUUUGGAUUUGUACGGAGAUAACAUUGAGGUGGACUAUCGAGGCUACGAGGUAACAGUAGAGAGCUUCAUCCGCCUCCUCACUGACCGGCUAGAGGAGGAUGUGCCGCGCAGCAAGAGAUUGGGCUCCGAUGCUGGAAGUAAUGUCCUUGUCUACAUGACGGGGCACGGAGGUGAUCAGUUCCUAAAAUUCCAAGACGCGGAAGAGAUUGGUGCCUGGGACCUAGCCAAUGCCUUUGGUCAAAUGUGGGAGAAGAAACGAUAUAACGAGCUGCUCUUCAUGAUUGACACCUGCCAAGCAAACACAAUGUUUACACACUUUUAUUCCCCGAACAUUAUUGCCACCGGUUCGAGCGCUUUAGACCAGUCGUCCUACUCACAUCACGCGGAUAGCGAUGUCGGGGUCGCUGUAAUCGACCGCUGGACGUACUACAUCCUCGAAUUUCUUGAAACACAGGUCACUUCACCAAACUCUAAGCUCACAUUGGGGGAACUUUUCGACUCCUAUGACGAGUCAAAGAUCCAUUCACAGCCGGGCGUACGGUGGGAUCUUUUUCCUGGCGGCGAGCAAACUGGCCGAUUACAGAAGGUCAUGGAUUUCUUUGGUAAUGUCCAGGACGUUGAGAUCGAAGACCAUUACAAUAAAACCGCCAAAGCGAUCAGGGAGGACCUAGCCGCUAUUUCAAGAUUGGUUGAAGAAUGGAAAUUGCGAGAGCAAGCCUAUUUUGCCGGGGUCAAUAGCAGCGCGCCCGCUGCACAACAAUUACCUAGCAAGUUCACCGGUUUUGAGAGUACGUCAUCCCCUGCUCAGGCGCCUUUGGGAGCUAUGAGAAUGGAUGUAACAAAUAUUUGGGGUAAGCAGGCUCUUGGUGUUUCUUUAUUGGUAGGGCUAGGAGGCGUCUGGUUUGCUGGAUCUUUUCUAUCUAGACUUUAA